AUGAAGGCCACCCCACCUCUGUGCUUGUUAGUAGACAUGCUUAACCUUGCUGUCCUCAGCCUGAACCACAAUGACAAGCUCAAGGCAACUCACCUCCAGGAGCAGCAUCCUCACAAGGGAAAUCCUCUUGAGUCCUGCCAACAGAUAGUCCCCAGCAACACAAACUUUGCCUUCCAGCUUUACAGAUAAGCAACCACCCAAGAACCUGGCAAGAACAUUCUAUUUUCCCCAGUCAGCUUCUCCACUGCGUUUGCCCUGCUGGCCCUGGGCUCCAGAGCUACUAGCCAGACUCAGGUGCUGGAAGGCCUGACCUUUAACCUCACCAACACCCAAGAGGAGAAGGGGAUACAUGAAGGCUUUCAUCAUCUCCUCCUCUUGCUGAACCACCUUGACCACCAGAUGCAGCUGAGCAUGGGGAAUGCCCUAUUUAUGGACAAACACCUGAAGCCACUGAAAACAUUUCUGAAGGACAUUAAAAGGAUUUACAAAAGAAAAGUUGUUUCUAGUAACUUCUAGAAUUCUAUUAAAGCUAAUAAAGAGAUCAAUGAUCAUAUAAAGAACAAAACCCAUGGGAUUAUAAACCAAAUACUUAAAAAACUUGAUCCAAAUGCUCUAAUGGUAAUUGUUAACUACGUCUACUUCAAAGCCUAUUGGGAAAACCCUUUCAAUAUUAAGGGGACUCACAAGGAUUAUUUCCAUAUGAAUGCGAAGAUCUCAGUUGAAGUGAAGAUGAUGACUCGAGAUGGAUUUUAUAAAACAUACUCUGACAGGAAGUUGUCUUGCAAGGUGGUGCAGAUUCCUUACAAGGGGGUUGUUGCAGCAUUGUUUAUCCUGCCCAAUGAAGGAAAAAUGAAACAGUUGGAAGAUGCUCUGACAAAAGACACUGUGUCUAAAUGGGAAAAAUCACUUGAAAGACGAAUAGAAGUGUAUAUUCCAGAACUAUCAAUUUCAGGCACCUAUGACUUAAAGAAGACGUUCAUGAAUCUGGGUGCAACCGAUGAGUUUUCUGACCGGGCUGAUCUGUCUGGAAUCACAGGGAAGUCUGAUCUGAAGGUUUCAAAAGCUGCUCACAAGGCCCUGCUGAAAAUUCAUGAGAAUGGCACAGAGGUUGCAGCAGUCACUGGCACAGAUUUUCUUCCUCAUUCUGUUCCUCCUGUUGUUAAAUUCAACCAUCCAUUUUUGGUGUUAGUUGUUGAUCAAUAUACUCAGAGCAUCCUCUUCAUGGGAAAAAUUGUAAAUCCAACUGAAAAAUGA